CGCAGGAAGGGCGCGUGACGGGACUACGUUUCCCAGAGUGCACCGGGGCGGCGAGGGAAGGCAGGGGGGAAGGGACAGUCGGUCGCAGACCGCGCUGGGUUGCCGCCGCCGCCGCCGCUGCCGCCAUCGAGCCAGCCCCUCGGGUCUCCACGAGCCGGGUGACGCUCCAGAAUGGGAGACAAGCCAAUUUGGGAGCAGAUUGGAUCCAGCUUCAUUCAGCAUUACUACCAGUUAUUUGAUAAUGACAGAACUCAGCUAGGCGCAAUUUACAUUGACGCAUCAUGCCUUACGUGGGAAGGAGAGCAGUUCCAGGGGAAAGCUGCCAUUGUGGAGAAGUUGUCUAGCCUUCCGUUCCAGAAAAUUCAGCACAGCAUCACGGCACAGGACCAUCAGCCCACGCCGGAUAGCUGCAUCAUCAGUAUGGUGGUGGGCCAGCUCAAGGCCGAUGAAGACCCCAUCAUGGGGUUCCACCAGAUGUUCCUGUUAAAGAACAUCAACGAUGCUUGGGUUUGCACCAAUGACAUGUUCAGGCUUGCCCUACACAACUUCGGCUGACCUCCUCCCGGCCAGGCACUCAACGCUGUUUCCUCCUCCCUCCAAUUUCCGAUACUAUUCACACUCCUCCAGAUGCUCCAAAUAUCAUACACAAGUGAACAGAGCCGUGGUGGGAGCGGGCGCAGUGCGCUGCUGCCACCAAGGCGUUGUGCAUGAUGUUUGGAUACUAGACUAGUUGCAUCUGACAGGAGAAGUUUGUGUUGUACCAGCGCAUGCCUUGGAAAGACUUAAAGUAAUGCAAAAGGUUGUCUUUUUUUUUUUUCUUCUUUUUUUUUUUUAUCUACUGACAAGUUGCUCUAGUAACCCAAAGAAGUGAAGGAGAAAGCAGCUGCCUCACCGCCCAGAUAUUGAUUUGUUCAGAUGUUUCAAUGCCUCAUGAUACAAUAAAACCACAAAACUUUUCUUAACA